AUGAUGAGCACAGAGUACAUUCAAUGUAAAAUUUCCGGCCAGCAUUUGACUCCCCAUGUUUACCCCAGGGUAGCAGAGGCUGCCUCUAACAGGAUGUCGUUGGCGCCGCCCGGGAGCGCCGAGGACCUCCGGAAGCGGAGCCUCGGGGAGCUUCGGGAGAUGCUGGGGCGCCAAGAGAAACUGCUGCGGAACGAAAAAUUCAUUCGCAGUUUGCCAGAUGGAGGAAAAAAGAUCUCUGACUUCGUUGAGAGAGUGAAAUUGGCCAUCAGAAAACAUGAAGAGCUCAGAAGAACUAACAGAUUGGACUUUGAUUCACAGCAAACUGUAGCACAUGAAAUAGUUAGUUUAGGUCUGGAUAAGCCAUGGACUCCUGACCAGAGAAGGGAAACUUCAUCAGAUCUUGAUUCUUCUCUUACAGUUAUAAGCAAGUCAUCUAAAAUUGCCUCAAGAAACCAGGGAAUUGAAUCUACCAUGGAAAGACCUGUUCCUAAAAGUUUUGAAGAAGCCAGAGAGUCAGAAAGUGCUACACGGUGCAACAAGUGGAUGUGUAAUAACAAUAAAACUGUUGUGGCUUUGCCCUCACAAACAAAUGAGCAGUCCCACCAACCUGGUUUUCUAAAUCAUGCAAGAGAUGUUUCAGGGAGCACUGAUGACAUGUUUAUUGAUAGUUUACAAAGAAUCACAAUUAGUGAUGAUGAAAACCAGUCAGAAGAAGACACAAACAUGGAUCACUUUUGUAGUUAUCACGGUAACACACCCAGAAAACCUCAUUACAUGGAAGUGCUGGAAAUGAGAGCAAAGAAUCCAAUCCCUCCCCACAAUAAAUUUAAAACUAAUCUGUUACCUUCAGAAUCUCAUGACUCACCUAGUCAUUCCCCACAGAGAAAAGCGUCUCCAAUUUCAGUGGAAGAAAGGAGGCGCAGAGAGAGGCAGCACCUGGAUGACAUCACAGCAGCUCGGCUGCCACCCCUUCACCACAUGCCUACGCAGUUGCUGUCUAUGGAAGAAUCAUUAAUAAUCCAGAAGCAGCAAAAACAGAAUUACGAGGAAAUUCAAGCCAAGCUUGCUGCACAAAAAUUGGCUGAAAGACUGAAUAUUAAAAUGAAGAGCUAUAAUCCUGAAGGUGAUGCAUCAGUGAAAUACAGAGAAGUGAGGGAUGAAGAUGAUUAUCAUUCUUCUGAGGAUUAAUUCGGAAGAAAGAUGAUCUAAGCCUCCUAAAUUCUUCACUUCUGAAUUCUUACUUCAUUACAUUAGACUCCGAGACUCUGGAAGAUAUUUUAUUUUUGAGUUAUUUAGACCAGAAGUCAAAAGUAGAAAUUUACACUGUACAUAAGAGUGCUCAGUCAGACUGUGGAGAUUGUGUGGUGCACUUGCCAUUCAGAAAAGUAAAAAGAGAUUUAGUUAAGGAUGUGAUAAAUCUGUUUCUUAUUGUUUGUAUAAAAUAAACUUUUGCAGUAUUUUGUGUUUA